AUGCAUUUGAUUAUGCUUUACCAUGAAGCUUAUACAGCGUCCCCUGCAUCUGGCGAAAAGCUUCACCGAUUAAUCAAGGAGCCUUCCAUCCAAGAAAGAACUGGAUCCUCCAUAUUUAUCUUCUCAUUCACAAGGGAUUCAAAUACAUGGCGCCUCCAAGCUCUGCCAAACAUUGCGGCAUCAAUAUCAGGCCUGGUUAGGAAAUUAUCUUUCCUUGAAUACUCCAAGCUGUCAAUAAAGAUAUACUUUCGUUUUUCUUCUGCAAGAAAACAUUCAUUGCAAGCAAUGAGAGCUGCCCAAUGUCCAGCAUUUCGGCUUCCAAAGAAUACAGGAAAGAGAUUGACUGGGUGGCUUGUACGCGCCAGAGUAAUGGCACUUUUGAACAAGAAGAGCAAGAUAGUCCUCUUCCGAAACUGCAAUGUCGUUACUCAGAUCAAUGGCAUUGGAAGUGUUCGUGCCAGGCUCAAGGUUCUCUCUCGCUUUCUCCAUGAUGCCUUUUAUCUUCCGCUGCCUGCGCCUAUAUGUUGCGUUUUCCAAUUUCUUGUGUUCCUAUCUCAGCCUGUCCCAAACGCUUGUGUUCUUUGUUUAUGA